AUGGCUUAUGCCUAUGAUCCCAGCUAUCUCGGGGGCAUAGAGAGUUCUGUCUUGGGAACUGACAUUGACCUUCAGACUAUAGACAACGAUGUUGUCAGCAUGGAGAUUUUCUUCAAGGCUUGGCUACAAAACAGUGAAACAGACCAAGAGGACAUCCAUCUUAUUCUUCCUUCACAGUGUUUUGGCAAUACUUCUAGAGCCAAUGAUAAUCCAAUAUGCCUGAAAUGUGAUCUCCAAGAGCGACUUCUCAGCCCAUCCCUGCUCCCUGGAACAGCUGAUGGCACCUUGAGAAUGGAUGACCCCAAAGGAGACAUCAGCACACUCUACCAGAUGGCUUCCCAGUCAUCAGCCUCUUGUUAUAAGCUCCAAGUGAUCAAGGCUCUUAAAUCUAGUGGGCUCUGUGAGUCAUUGACAUAUGGACUCCCCUUCAUCCUCAGACCCACAAGCUGUUGGCAGCUAGACUGGGAUGAGCUAGAGACAAAUCAGCAGCAUUUUCAUGCUCUGUGUCACAGUCUAUUGAAAAGAGAAUGGCUACUGUUGGCCAAAGGGGAACCCCUGAGCCUAGGACACAGUCAGAGAAUUCCUGCCAGCACCUUCUAUGUAAUUGUGCCAUCACGCUCCCUCACUCUGCUGGUGAAGGCAGUGGCCACACGAGAACUGAUGCUACCCAACCUCUUCCCCCUGUUGCCUGAAGACCCACCCGAAGACAGCCUUAAGAUUGUGGAGAGUGUGCUGGACAGCUUGGAGCUGGAGCCCACCUACAACCCCCUAGAGGUUAGAAGUCACCUGUACUCACACCUGAGCAACACCUUAGCCAAGCCUCAGGGGCGGCUCUACCCAGGCUGGGAGAGCCAGGUCCCAAGAAAGGCUGGGCAAUUGCAGACCAACCGAGUUCGAGCCACAGUGGUCCCUCUGCCAGUGACUCCAGCCCCAGGCAGAGUCCCCAAGAUGCCAGCAGCCAGAAAAGCUUCCUCAGAAGACUUCCUACUUUCUGAGUCAGAGGAAGAUUAUCCCUCACAGCCCUAAGUCACCUGCUCCAGAACCCAGCAGCUCUGCUCCCUCAUGUCCAAGGCAAGACAUAUACAAUGACAAUCUGUGAUCAGACCUGCCCUUUCUCUACCUGAGCAUCUGUGAGCUGAAGUUGACAAAAACAGAGCCUUCCCCUCCUCUGUUCCCAAUGCUGCUAUUGCCUCAAUCAGGCAGAGAAGCCACACACUGGAGCCUGUCUCUUCUCUAGCAAGAACUCUCUUUUUCUUUUGGAUCAUAUGAUACUGUUAACACAGAUGAAGAUUAAAUACCCAGCAAACCUCCACUCUUGAAUUUCUCCUGUAACUCUGUGUAAGCAGAAGGAUGAGGUCAGGUCACCCUCUGGAAACUACAACUCAGGAAUAAGGAUGAGGUUUUCAAACUCAAGAAAAACCAGGAGGAUUGAAACCUAAGCCCCAUUCCAGAGCCAGUGCCCUUCCCUGUACAACCACCACACCAAUUCCCGUCAGCUCCAGUUCUUGAUACCUGCAUGCAAAGUGUGUGUGUGUGUGUGUGUGUGUGUGUGUGUUGGGGCAGUGGUUGGGAGUGGGGAGUGGUAGCAAGCACAGGGGAAAGGAUGGUGUGGAAAAAGUCCCCUCCCCUCCCCCACCUACCUGCCAGCUCCCUCCAUCUGCAGAACAGCUGCCUUUUGUAAACUGCUUUCCCUGUGCUUCAGAUUACACUAAGUACUUGAGAAAUGCAUCCCUUUCAUACAAACAACCUUAUGAAGUAGAGCCAAUUAUUAGUUCUCACACUUUACAAAGGGACAGCAGAGGCGAGUUAAGAACUACAGAUGUCAUACAACUCCCUCAGGGUCACAGAGGCAGGUCCAGCCCAGGUGGACCCAGGCUCUGAGCUGUCACACUGCAGGCUUCCCUCCCUUGGGCCCCUUCCUCCUUCCAAGGCC